AUGCCAGAAACCGUAGACCAAUGCAAAAAGCUUGCCCUUCCUGGGCAGGGUGAUGCUUUUGCAGAGCAGAUGCUAGACAUACACGGCGAGAGGCUCGAGAUCAUGACCCAAUACAAUGUCGAACUCUUUGUUCUGUCACUCGCCAGUCCUGGACCCCAAGGCCAGCAUGAUAAGGAGAAAGCAGAGAGUCUUGCUCGGCGAGCCAACGACUAUAUGGCAAAGGAAGUUGGCAAGAAUCCAAAGCGGUUUGCAGGCUUUUGCGUUCUCUCAAUGCACGAUCCUUGUCAAGCUGCCCAAGAGCUACGCCGUUCAGUCAUCGAGCUUGGCUUGAAGGGUGCCAUCAUCAACGACUUCCAGUCAGCUGGGCCUGAUGGCGAAACAAUGCUCAUGCUCAUGUACGACCAGCCCGAGUAUGAUCACUUUUGGGCCGCUGUACAGGUCUGA